AUGGAUCGCACCAACUACUUGAGUUGGAAAUCCCAAUUUGAAGAUGUAUUAGAGAUGCACGGCCUUGCUGCGGUUGUCAAGAACAAAACAGACCCACCUAAAGUGCAAGAUGAUGGCUCUGUGCACCCUGAGUUUGCUAGGGAUAAACUGGUCCUGAGUUGGAUCAAGGCAACUUCCUCCUCCUCCAUCAAGACACUCCUCAUCCCAUGUACCACCACUCAUUAA